CUUUCUAGUUCUGCAUAUGACAACGUGAACAAAGUUCGAGUUGCUAUCAAGAAAAUCAGCCCUUUUGAACAUCAAACAUACUGCCAGAGAACACUGAGAGAGAUCAAAAUUUUGUUGCGCUUCAAGCAUGAGAAUAUUAUUGGAAUAAAUGAUAUUAUCCGAGCUCCAACUAUCGAGCAAAUGAAAGAUGUAUACAUCGUUCAGGACCUUAUGGAGACCGAUCUGUACAAGCUCCUAAAGACACAACACCUUAGCAAUGACCACAUCUGUUAUUUUCUCUACCAAAUCCUGAGAGGGCUAAAGUACAUUCAUUCAGCCAAUGUUUUACAUCGUGAUCUUAAACCAUCAAACUUGCUGCUAAACACUACCUGUGAUCUGAAGAUCUGUGAUUUUGGAUUGGCGCGUGUUGCAGACCCAGACCAUGAUCACACUGGUUUCCUGACAGAGUAUGUUGCAACUCGCUGGUAUCGGGCACCAGAGAUCAUGUUAAAUUCCAAGGGAUAUACCAAAUCAAUUGACAUCUGGUCUGUCGGCUGCAUUCUUGCAGAGAUGCUUUCUAAUAGGCCCAUAUUUCCAGGAAAACAUUAUCUUGAUCAGCUUAAUCAUAUUCUUGGCAUUCUUGGAUCUCCUUCUCAAGAGGAUUUAAACUGUAUAAUAAAUUUGAAAGCUAGAAACUACUUGCUUUCCCUCCCUCAUAAAAAUAAGGUUCCCUGGAAUAGGCUGUUCCCAAAUGCAGACCCCAAAGCUCUUGAUUUGUUGGAUAAAAUGUUGACCUUCAACCCACACAAACGAAUUGAAGUAGAGGCAGCUCUUGCUCAUCCUUAUCUGGAACAGUAUUAUGACCCAAGUGAUGAGCCUGUAGCUGAGGCACCCUUUAAGUUUGAAAUGGAGCUGGAUGACUUGCCCAAGGAGACUCUGAAGGAGUUAAUUUUUGAAGAAACUGCUAGAUUCCAGCCAGGGUACUGA